UCUCAUCUGUUUACAUGUGUGUAUGUUUGUAAUUUAGUAAACAAAAACAUGUCGCGGCAACUAAACUUCAAGCUUGGUCAGGAAUAUGAACUUAUUGAAUAUCCCGGACGUGUUGUCAACAUUGACCGAAUGGAGGCAACACUUGGAGGCAUUGUAAACAUAUCAAAGGUUUUGAAUGAUGAGAAGAAGCGCUUGGAGUUGCGCUUCCAUCCGGAUAAUCCAUACAAUAAGCCCACCUUUGGCGACUGCACCGAUAAAUCGGGUGUGCUGCUGUCGGUGAAAGUGAGGCGCCACAAACGGGACAAGACGCGACCGCCACAGCAUUUUGUGCGCUUGCUGGGCUACUGCAGUCGCAGCUUCUCCUUUGAAUCACUUUGUGACUUUCAGUAUCUGCCGCUGUGGCAUCAGCCCAAGAGCAACGAUGCGCUCGCUGCCGAAGAGCUAAGCUAUGCGAUGCCGCUAGUGAAACCACAAGAUGUCACCGACUUGGAGUUCUUCAAAUGCAAGCAAUCACAGCUGCUUUGUUUGCCGGAACUCUUUGCACGCGUUGACAUCGUGCAUGCCGGCAACUUUCGCAUCGAUGAGGCGGACGAUGGGCAACAGGAAGUGCUCGGUGUGGUGGCCAAGACCACAUAUGACAAUCACGACAUUGUGCCGUUUAGCAUGCAGGACACAUUUCCCACACAGCCCGAUGCACAAAUUCUCAAACGCCUCAAGGUCAAAUAUGUUUCCGAUGAGCAAUUUAUGCGCGUGAAGAAACUAUUCGCCGAGAGUCCUGUCUGGACAAGAAUAGCCCUGCUCUACGAGUCCGGGGUGACCAAUGAUAAGCUCAAGUGCAUCAUACCCUCUUUGGCCUUCUACUUUAGUAACGGUCCUUGGCGCUCGCUCUAUGUGCGCUAUGGCUACGAUCCGCGCAAGGAUUUCAAGAGUCGUCACUACCAGACCUUUGAUUUUCGGCUGCGUUUCGGCUCCGGUGUGUCUGAGUUUGUCUAUUGCCGCAAGUCCGCGAAACAAAAGAUGUUGCUAACUGGCGGCGCAGCUGAAGAUUCGAAGAAUGAUCUCGUACAAAACAUUGAUUAUCCAUAUUUCGAGGAGCACAAACUGCCGCGUUCACGCCAAUGUAUGCUGCGCUAUUGCGAUGUGCGUCUGCCCAAAAUACAGGAAAUGCUGGAGAAGAUUCCCACACCACUAACUGGCGCUGUGUGCAAUGAACGCACUGGCUGGUUGCCUCCCAGCUUUGAUUCGCAGGUGCGACAAGUUGUCUGCGCCACCAUCAGCGAACUGCUCCGCAAUCACUAUCGCAAGGAGCAUCUCACUGCGGAGGUGGAUGCGGUCCCACAAGCUGAUGUCGAUGCUGAAGGAGAGGGGGAGGGUGAAGGCGAGGAGGAGUACUAUGCAGAGGAUGAGGACAUGGACAUGGAAGAAAGCACCGCCAAUGAGUCCUUCGACGACAAAAACAUCGAGCAGCUGCUCACCAAUAUGACAAGCUAAGAUUAUAUUACAACCAUAAAAUAAUUACAAUCUUAUUAUUAUUGUUAUCUUGUAAUAGAUUAUAAUACUAUAAUAAUAAUAUAAAAUAAUACCUGAGUCAAAAG